UACCUAUAUAUACCUGUAAUAUCAUAUACUUGCAUGCCUAUAGAAUAUAUACGCACACCGCAAUGUUCGCACUCCCUCCAGCGACUCCCUCGCAACCGGUCUCCUAGAAGCUUAUAAAAGAUCGUAAUUAGAGGUCAUCGUGCGUCUUAGAUUCAAUGCCAUUGCACAAACACGGUCAGACUGCACAUUUCCACAAUGCGAUUCUCGUUCGACUUCGGGUAGUACUGCGUCGAUAUUCGUUCAUAGUUGUAUUGUUUACGCCGAUUCAAUAGCAAUAAUAAUAUAAUACGAUAUAGAGUUUAAGCAUUGAAAAAAGUUUUAACGCACUACUAACAUUUCGAAGGUACGCCGUACACGGUCCGUCUAGGCUACUAUAUCAUAUUUUAUAACAUAUAAUAUACUAAAAUAAUUCAAGAUAAAUCAGAGAGAUACCUAUUCGGAUCGAUCAACAGCUGUGGAUUUACUUUUGAAUUUUGACCAUGAAAACGGAUAACAAAAUGAUGCUGAUUUUUCUUUCAUUCCUGGCCGUUGCUCGUUGCACGGACUUGCAGUCAUUGGCAAGCAGUGACGAAGAGAACCGGAUAGAUCCAAUCGACGGACCGACCGCGGGUGUCGGUGGCGGCGACCUGCACCCCGAGACGAGCGCCGUCGAGUCGACCACGGCUGCGGCGGCCGUUGACGGCCACCGGUCGGGCAGACAGUUUUACCAACAGUCGGCUGCGUUCGCUUACCAGCCGUAUCCGCAGCGCAGGGCGUACAACAAGAACCCGGGCCAGCCGAUGAAAAGGCCCAAGUUCAGGACGAAACCCGGCGGUGGGAGGCGGGGGCUGAGGCCACGACGCCGGCCGUCCAUGUCCGGGGGGCCACCGACUAUGUCUUCGAUGGCCGGUUCGCGGUACAGGCGGUUGCCUUCGCCAGCCCCGAUGUUGCGCCCUCAGCACAACAACUACAUCGACACGGCGGGUGGCGCAGACUACGACGAUGGCUUCGAGUCGGCGCCGCUGCCCGUGUCGUCGUUCGACUACGGCGACAUGCGUGAAUUCGACCACGAAUCGGCCGCUUACGCUUACGGGCCGCCACUACAGGCCGUCGGCGGUGGUCGGUCACGCAAACGUCCCGUCAUCGUCGCCGCCGCUCCCACCGCCGGGUAUGCCGACGAAACGCGUCCUGCGGCCAUCAUGCACGUCCCAGUGCGCGUCAUUCGGCCAACCGCACCGACGCCAUCGAACACCGCCAACGAAGUGGACGCUGUGGCCGAUCCCAUGGACAAGCUCAGACAGUUGGUGCACGAGGCCAUGGACGAGCAUUUUGCCAACAGGCACCAGGAACUGUACGGCGACGGGUUCGGAAAACAACAGCAUCAACCGAACAUGCAGCAGAUGCAGCAGGUGUAUAGCGCCAAGUACAAGCGGCAACCGCCAGCGCCCGCCGACAAGGAGAAAGCCCUACACCACGGACAUCAGCAACAACGAACCGCCGAUGCUGUGAGGUCUGCCACGGCGUCCGUGCAGCCAUCGCAGUCGCCAUCCGUCAAGACGACCAAGGACGUGGACGUGGACGCCGACGGUUCGGACGACCGGCUGACGUUGGCCGAGAUAUCUGCGUACAUGGGCGCUAAGCCCGCGGAAACGGUACUCAGCGCUGGCGGUCACCGGUACGUGUUGUCCGACGCCCUGCAGCAGAGCUACCGACACCAGCAGCAGCAGCGACCACAGCUAGAUCACCAUCAUCAGCAGUACGGCGGCGAGGAUCAUCAUCAGCCUCAGUACUUGCGUUACGUGUCACCGUUCGAGGCGCUUUAUGAGCUGCCGGCCGCUCGGUGGACGUACAAGUAAGUAGGUAUAAUUUACCAAGUACAGUCGUGUAGCUCCUCGAAAUCAUAACUGCACGGUAGGCACGCGUGGACACAUUUUCGGUGAACCGUGUUGCAUAUAGGUAGCAAGGUAGCUGAAUCUGACCAUCCGUCGAAAACCAAAAAAAAACACCGCUAUGCUAUAGUCGAGAACAACAAAAGCAGAAAAACUAAAAAUGUCAUUUUACCUAAAAUAAUACUCAUACUUACUGUAUUAUACACGUCUAUACAUGAUUACAUCCAAAUAAAAAAAUUAAACAAUUAUUUUUGAUGAUUCAAAUAUUAUUAUGAUACGAUUGUUCACGUACAAAGACGUACGCGCACUUCAGUACUGGAGGCUGUAGAACUCUGAAUGUCCUUAAGCAGAUAAGCUAUAAUAUAAAUAAGUUCAUUCCCCAAGUAAAAAUAUAAAAUAA